UCUCAUAAUCUCCCCAACUCUCUCUUCUUCACCCUUACCAACCAACCACAAAAAAUGGCAACCACAGCUGCUCUCUCUGGCACCAUGGUUAGCACCUCCUUCCUUCGCCGACAGCCGGUGACAAGCCUACGGUCAUUUCCCGGUGUAGGGCAGGCUCUUUUUGGGGUAAAGGGGGUGUGCGGAGGGCGUAUAACAGCUAUUGUUCACACAGUUAAGCUCAUUACACCUGAGGGGCCACUGGAGUUUGAUUGCCCGGAUGAUGUUUACAUCCUAGACCAGGCCGAGGAGGAUGGAAUAGAGCUGCCAUACUCAUGCAGAGCUGGUUCUUGCUCUUCAUGUGCAGGGAAAGUUGUGGAAGGGUCUGUGGAUCAAUCUGAUAGUAGCUUCCUCGAUGAUGACCAGGUCGACGGUGGUUGGGUCCUCACUUGUGUUGCUUAUCCACAGUCAAACGUUGUCAUUGAGACCCACAAGGAGGAGGAGCUCAUUGCUUAGAAAAAUUGAUUAUUUAGUCCAUCUUCACUUUGGUUGCUCUCUCA